GCGCUUUUGAAUUCCCGACACGGGCCAAGACAGAGAGUGGAGUCAGAUAAAAUUCAUCCACAGAAAUAUGGAAAACGUAAAACAACGCAGGGGUCUUCAAUCGGGCAACCGGAAGAGAUAUCAGGUCGGACCGGAGGACCAGGCUGAGCAGCAGGAGGCCGUAGCCAAGAGAGGACGGCGAGAGACGAGCUAUGGCAACGGAUGGCAGGACGACAAGGAGGCCUGCAGGGCGGCGAGACUGCGCAGGCGGCGAGUGGCAGACACUGCGUGCCGUGGGCCAGCAGGUUGGGAGACAGCCGUUGCCUAUAGUGAUCCGGGGGCGGUGGUUAAGAUGGCGGUAAUCAGGACCUCCCUGAGAAAACAGUCCAAGGCUACAGCUCUUAAGAGGAGGAAGAUCCACCCCUCCGGACUCACGGGCAGAGGUCAGCUAAAACUGUCCAUCACACCUGACAAUGGGCUGCUGUACAUUCACAUCAUGGAGGCAAGGGGGCUGCUGGGAAAGGAGUAUCGAACAUGUGACUCAUAUGUGAAGAUGGCUAUUGUACCAAACAGUGAUUCCAGUAAACAGCAAAAAACAAAAACAGCACUAGACUGCAAGAAUCCUGUCUUCCAUGAAACUUUUGUUUUCACUGUAGGGGCUGAGGAGAAUGAGAAGAGGCUCAUGGUCUCUGUGUGGAAUCAUAAUAAAAGCUUGAGGAAAAAUGAGAUCCUGGGCUGUAUGAGUUUUGGUAUCCGCUCCCUUACCACACUGGCCAAGGAAAUCAGUGGCUGGUACUUCCUACUAAAUGAAGACCUCGGUAAGACCAAGCAUCUGAAAGUGGCCUCACGACGUCUCAAACCCAAACAUGGCAGUGCUUUGUCAAGCAGUGAUGCUCCCCCCGAGACGACGAGCCAGGAGAGCAUGCAGUGCACAGCGGUGACCAUCCUGAGAGGGAAGGACGGCUAUGGCUUCACCAUUUGUUCUGACUCUCCUGUGAGAGUUCAAGCUGUGGACCCAGGUGGUCCAGCAGAUGAGGCUGGCCUUCAACAGUUUGACACCAUUCUGCAUCUGAAUGGCCAACCUGUUGAACACUGGAAGUGUGUGGAUGUUGCCCAUGCAAUCAGGAGCUGCCGGUCUGAGAUCAAAUUGACAGUAUGGCGUACAGUCCCCAUCAUGAAGCCAGGGUUCGAAGGCCUGAUUCACAGGCCAUCUUACAAGCCAUCUGGUUACACUGCAAUGUCACCCCCUAGCAAAAAGCGUGAGAAGACCCCCUUAAAACUUAGUCAGCAAGGACAGAGUCAUCGUAUACUUGUAAAUGGGCUAGAGGGCGGUAAUGGAGAGCUAGGAAGUCCUUGGGGUGAGCGGCAAGAGGAAAGCAACAGGGCCCGGACACAGACAGCGACACUGAAGGGCACACAUGUGACAUCAUCAACCGGAGACAACUACAUUAUCCUGAAAGCCAUUAACCCUGGGAACCAGCAUACAGCUCUGGGAGGCAGGAGGAGCUUCAUAGUGAUGCAGCCUCUGAGGGGAGAUGUGUUGACAGGGUAUCGUGUUGGGAGAGCUAGGCUGCCGCUCCACACCCGGCGUGUAUCAGUGCUAGGUCCUCCACCAUCACCUGUGCCAAUGGAAACAGUCCAUCACUGGCUCAUCCCAACUGUGCCGCUUCAGAUGCUCCUCCUGUGUGUAAACAAAAUAUCACAUGUGGGUCUGAGGAUGAUGCAGCCUUAUUAUCAGGAUGACCCUGGAGCUCUCGGGAAGUCGUACCCAAAUCGUCCAACCAGUGGGUUCCAGUCGGACAUUGAGUCACAGGGCAGGCCUACUUUCCUGCGGAAAUCCUCGACGAGCAAGUCCACUAAAGACCUUGCCUCUGCUGGCUACCAGCAGAACUACGCCAACUACCAGAACUGCACGAUCGUCCGGUCCCACGUUCCUCAAACUAGCUACAGCACAUAUGUCAAGCUGGCGCCCAAAAUACUCAUCUUCCCUAUUUUUGUACAGCCCCUGGACCUUUGCAGUCCAGCCCGAUCGCUGGUUCUGUUAGAGGAAAUGAUGCUGCAUGAGAGCAAACACCUGUCCACCAAGGUGACCGUGUUCAUCUAUACUGACCUGAUGCUGCUGACGCGGGAGGACGAGCCCGGCCGCUGCAACGUGCUGCAGAAUCCCCUGUUCCUCCAUCACCUCUGUCUGCGAGAUGAUCCCACUGAGGAACUGAGGUUCUACAUAAUCCACACGACUGAGAGGAGCGAGCACCUGGUCAGUCUGGAAACAUACUCUGUGGAUCAGAAGAGGCGAGUGUAUGAGUGCCUGCAGGACAGCAUGGACAAGCAGAGGCAGCUGCGGGAGAGGCCCAGCCUCGCUGGGCAGGACAGAUUCUUGGAGGAAGGUAUCCUGCCGUACUCUCUGCUGAAACUGCGGCUUGAACGGGCCUUCAGUGCCGACGGCCUGGUUUCCCCCCCAGCGACAGAUGGGGAUGAUGAGGAUGAUGAGGAGGAAGAGGAAGACAGCGACGAGAACUGCUUGAAGCACAGCAACGGCAAACGGUGUAGCAUGGUGGAGGCCUCACCAUGCAAGAAGCACCAGGGGGGCCUGAGUGUGCAGGGGUCCCUGCGACGGCGCACGCACAGCGAGGGCAGCCUGCUCCAGGAACCCAGGUCGCCCUGCUUCGCCUCCGAUAACGCCAUCCACUGCAUGGAGACGGCGGGGGGGCACAAGGGCGGCUGGACUCUGCCUUCCCCCAAGACCUUGAAGAAGGAGCUGGCCAAGAAUGGAGGAUCCAUGCAUCAGCUUUACAUGCUCUUCUCUGGGAGGAAGCUCAGUGGAUCUGAAUGUAGCUGUGAAGACGGAUCUGAGGGCAACAGAAAGAAGAAACCCAAGGACCUGGCCAAAGACAUGAAGAACCGCUUGGCCUUCCUGAGGAGGAGGAAUGAGUCUCCCGGAAGUAACUCAGCCGGAAAGCUGGACAAAGCCAUGAAGUCAGUCAAGCCCACCCCGGAGGAGGCACUGAGGUGGGGGGAGUCCUUGGAGAAGCUGCUGGCCCACAAAUAUGGCCUGGCUGCCUUCAGAGCCUUUCUGCGAACAGAAUUCAGUGAAGAGAAUCUGGAAUUCUGGCUGGCGUGUGAGGAUUACAAGAAGAUUAAAUCGCAGUCCAAAAUGGCGUCCAAAUCAAAAAAAAUCUUUUCAGAGUACAUCGCUGUACAAUCCUGCAAAGAGGUUAACCUGGAUGCGCAAACAAGAGAGCAGACCAAGGACAACCUGCAGAACAUCACCUGCUCGUGUUUUGACCAGGCCCAGAGGAAGAUAUAUGGACUCAUGGAGAGAGACUCCUACCCUCGUUUCCUGCGCUCAGAACUUUACUUGGACUUGAUCAACCAAAAAAAGGCAAACUCAACAUCAGCCUCUUCGUCGUAAGGUCACAGAGAGGGAGAACUGUGGAAGGGCUAGGUCGAUUUCAGAUUUCUUUCUCAAUUUGCACGUUUGAAAAUGGAUGAGCACUGAGGGAUGGUGUGUGUACAAGGAGAGGGGCAGACACCCUGAGGGGUCAUGACAGGCCCCCCUGGAUGGGUGUUGCUGGGCAGGCCCAGGGCAGGGGGACAGCGUACCAUUAUUGCUACAGUUAUUAAUGUAUUGCUGGAAAAAAAAAUCUCAUUUUGGUGACCAGUGUUUCCCAACCCGGUCCUCAGGAACCCCCCAACCCAACCAGUUCACCUUUUUUUUCCUAGCAAAAAGGUGGACUGUCUUCGAGGGAGCAAAAACAUGGGCUCCUGAGGACCGGGUUGGGGAACAUUGCUUUAGUCCUUAUUUGGAAAUUCUGCUUCCUCUUUUAAAACAUUUAUACUACAAAUAAGCAAUACGUUUCCAUUCGUCAUUUUCUUUAUGGCCAUUAUAGGACAAGUAGAUGAAAUGUGACAGCAGCAGGCUUAUUUAUGAGUAAUAAGGGUGGUUAGGAGGUUUUCUUUCUUAGAGUUUAACUACGCCGUUUAUGCCCUGCCAUCUACCCAGCACCCCCACAGGUAUUUGUCUCAGCUCCUGGGUUACUUCCCCCUUUUUUAAUUCAUCACCAGAAUGAUGGUGAGUCAGGGGGGGGGGGAGUAAGAGGGUGAAAAAAAAGAUUAAUGGACAGACCAGACAGGUGAAGCCUCCUUUGCUGUCCUGCUUUUCACACGCUGAUGAUCUUAGAGGGACCUGCAGCCACUCUUCAAAGACUGAACAUGGCUGAGAUAACCUGUGGAGCCAUUAAACAGGUCCUCAUAGAGCUAGUCUGGACAGAGCAGUUCCCUCAGGGCGUCAAGACACUUGAUGGUGAAGCUUCCAGGUGUGGUUUCUGAUGUUUCCUAGUAUUGUUGAUCAUAACCUGCUUUUACUCUGCACACAGUGGUACACUGUAAGGGGUUUACCUUCCUUGUUUCUGGACAAAGGUUUUAUUUAUUCUGACAUUAUUGCUGGAAGCUUCAGUCAGUCGACUAUGAUGGAAUCUCUUCCCACCCAUGACUACAAGCCAGGCUGAAUGCAUCCUCAUUUAAUGUGCAAUAUUUUUGUUCUUUCAGAUCAUUUUUUUAACUAGACGAUGAAUGGAGCUCUGUAUUAAUUUUAUUUGAAAGAGUUUAUGUUCAAGUUAUGUUCAAAGAAUGAUUAACAAUGUAAAUAUCAUGAGCAUUUACAAAAAAAGAUAGAGUUUUAAGUGUUUUCUCCUAGCAGCAGGCAGCUAGGAAGAUGUAAAUAUAAUUCUUAAGAAAAACUUCCAAAAGGAAAAAAAACGUGACAUGACAAACAUGGUUGUAUCUAUGUAUAUAUGAGACUUAAAGCUAUAAAAUGAUACGCAUUACAAAGCAGGAGGAGAUCGAUAAAAUCUGUACCUUCUCAGUCAUACACUGCUUGUAAGGAGUUUUAGUAAAUAUAUCUGAUCAUUUUCACUGUUUACAGCUCAAAGCAUCUCCCAAGAUAGCAACACAUUGUGUCACUGCAAACAAUGAAUAAAAUAACAAAACCAU